AUGAUAUUCAACUUGGCAGUCACUGCUGGAGAGGUGACUACUUCUCUCAUUGUCUUGGUGAUGGCUUUUGUUUUUCUAAGAGUGUUAGGGAGCAAGAGUGGAAAGAUUUUAUCUCUUCCUGGCCCAUGGUCCUUCCCCAUCAUUGGAAAUCUUCUCCAGCUUGGAGAUCAUCCUUAUUUGACGUUCAUGGAAAUGAGAAAGAAAUAUGGAGAUGUCUUUCUUAUCAAACUUGGGAUGGUACCUGUUGUGGUGGUGAAUGGAAUGGAGAUGGUGAAACAAGUGCUGCUCAAAGAUGGAGAGCAUUUUGCAGGCAGACCUAACAUGCACACAUUUUCUGUCUUGGCAGAAGGAAAGAGUUUUUCAUUUUCAGUCAAUUAUGGAGAAAGUUGGAAGCUUCACAAGAAAAUUGCCUCUAAUGCAUUAAGAACUUUUUCCAAAGCAGAAGCAAAAUCCUCCACCUGCUCUUGCCUGCUUGAGGAACAUGUCACUGAGGAAGUUUCUGAGAUGGUGAAAUUCUUUGCAGAAUUGACUUCCAAGAACGACAGCUUUGAACCCAGAAACUUAAUCACCUCUGCAGUGGCCAAUGUUGUCUGUGCCCUUUGCUUUGGCAAGAGAUAUGAACACAAUGAUGAAGACUUUCUUAAGAUAGUUAAAACAAAUGAUGAGUUACUGAAGGCCUCCAGUCCAGCUAACCCUGCUGAUUUCAUACCUUGUUUCCGCUAUCUCCCAUUACGUAUUAUAAAUGCUCCCCGGGAAUUUUAUCAGGCCCUAAAUCAGUUUAUUGCAGGACAUGUAAAAGAUCAUAUUAAAACACAUGAUAAGGACCAUAUCCGAGACAUUACUGAUGCUCUGAUUAAUAUAUGCCACAACAAACAUGCUUCUACCAAAACAGCCAUCUUAAGUGAUGAUGAAAUCAUAAGCACCGUGCAUGACCUAUUUGGAGCUGGGUUUGAAACAAUAUCCACAUGUCUGUAUUGGAGCUUUCUUUAUCUAAUAUACUAUCCAGAAAUUCAAGCCAAAAUUCAAGAAGAAAUUGAUAAAAACAUUGGGCUAAAAUCACCCAGAUUUGAAGACAGGAAAGUCUUACCUUACACAGAAGCUUUCAUAAAUGAAAUAUUCCGACAUGUCUCCUUUCUUCCUUUCACUAUUCCUCACUGUACUACAGUGGACACUUCUCUGAAUGGUUAUUUCAUCCCCAGGAAAACUUGCGUCUUUAUUAACAUGUACCAAGUAAACCAUGAUGAAACUAUUUGGGAUAACCCUAAUUUAUUUAGACCUGAGAGAUUUCUAGACAAGAACGGAGAAUUGAAUAAAAGUCUUAUUGACAAAGUUCUGAUAUUUGGAAUGGGAAUCCGGAAGUGUCUGGGAGAAGAUGUUGCGCGGAAUGAGAUAUUUAUUUUCCUCACCACUAUUCUGCAACAGCUCAAGCUGUCAAAGUGCUCUGGAGCCCAGCUCGACCUAGCACCCAGAUAUGGGUUAACCAUGAAGCCCAAACCGUACCAACUCAAAGCUGAACUCCGCUCCUCAGGCAGUUCUUCUGCUUAGAUUUUCAGAUUGGAUGGAGGAUCUUAAUUCAGA